AUGCUAGUACUUGCUUUGUUGGGCUGCUUGGCAGCCGUAGCUGAAGGGGCGUCGUUGGGCUGUGAGCAGCGAUUGGUCACUUGCAACCAUGUGUGGACAAACGCCGAGAUCGCCAAUCUCCCACAUGACGAGACACCCGUAGAGGGGGACGUGAAUGAUAUCAUUGCUCGUAUAGACGACUACGAGGAGGAAACAAAUGAGGAAGCAGAAUAUUGUCUCUGUGGUGAUCCAGUCAUCAGGGCCCAGGAUCCAUCUGGUGCGAUAGCAGCUACCUACAGCUGGGGGAAAAGGAUUGAGGUCACUUUUCUUGUGCGUAGGUUCAGAAAGACUUGUCCGCCUUCCCGCCUCGUGCGAGAGGUUUGCAAUGUUCAGCAGGGUGGUAAUAAUGCAUUCUGGGGCGUAUCUGUUGUUGAGAAUGGCAACGUGCACUGCGGUGAGCAGUAA